GACAUCAGCCACAGAAGUCAUGAAUUACUUGCUAUAUUUAAAGAUUGAGGGUCUGUAUCUGAUUGCAUUCCUUUUCCCAGCUGUGAGGCCAGGAGCCUUUGCUACUGAUGUUUCCAAUAUGAAGAAUUCGAGCCUGCAUCAGUUAACCAAACACCUUCUGAUCAACUAUCACAAAGGUGUGAGGCCUGUGAGAAACUGGAGUCAAGCCACCACCGUUUCUAUUGACCUCUUUCUCCACGCUGUCUUAGAUGUUGAUGGACAAAACCAAAAGCUGACAACCAGCAUCUGGUAUCGACAGUGCUGGGAAGAUGAGUUCUUGGCCUGGAAUUCUACGCAGUUUGAUGGAAUUAAAGAAAUCUCUCUACCACUUAGUGCAAUUUGGGUUCCUGAUAUUGUCAUCAAUGAGUUUGUAGAAGACGGUAAGACGCCAGAUCUUCCUUAUGUGUAUGUGACCUCUGUUGGGACUAUUCAAAACUACAAGCCUAUGCAAGUGGUGUCAGCAUGCAAUUUAGAGACGUAUGCUUUCCCCUUUGAUAUACAAAAUUGCAGCCUUACAUUCAGCAGUUGCUUACACACAGUAAAUGAUUUGAAUAUUUCCAUCUCAAGAAGCUACGAGAAGAUCAAGGAAGACAAAAGCAUUUUUCUGAAUGACAGCGAGUGGGAACUUCUGUCAGUGCCUUCAAGUUAUGAGAUUCUCCAUACACACGGAGGCAGCUUUGCCCAGGUCCAGUUUAAUCUCGUCAUUCGCCGACGCCCCCUCUUGUAUAUUGUUAGCAUUCUUCUUCCAAGCAUCAUGCUUAUGACUGUAGACCUCAUGAGUUUUUACCUGCCUCCCAAUAGUGGGACUCGGAUCAUGUUUAAGACAAGUAUUCUUGUGGGCUACACAGUAUUUCGAGUCAACAUGGCGGAUGAACUUCCUGCGUCUAGCUUUAGAACACCCCUGAUUGGUAUUUUCUUUGUGGUUUGCAUGGCACUCAUGGUUUUAAGUCUUGGAAAAUCCAUCAUGGUGAUAAGAUUUCUUAACGUAGAUAAGGAAGAGUCAGAGGAACUCCUUGUAUCCCGCUGUCCUUUAUUAAAUAAAGAGAUCCGUGACCCUCAGAAAGUCAGCACAGAAAAUAACUCUUUGGCUUCAACCACCAACACGACAGAGAGUCUUUGUAAUUCCGGAGAAAAAGCUUUGGACUGCUCUGACGAUCCACUGAUGAGUCUAAUUCUAGAAGAAGUUACCUCGAUCCGCUUGCAGAUGGAGGGUUUAGCAUCUGAAGAGUUGUGGCAUACACGGUGGCUCAAGCUUUGUUACAAACUAGAUAGUCUUUUAUUCCGAGCUUACCUAAUUCUCUUCACAGCUUACGCUGCCACCCUCAGCCUACUAUGGUGGACUUGGAGCGCUUAUGAUGUAUCUAGUUAACUUUAACAGGCGACCCCGACAUUGCAUAUUUAACUAUUACCAUUGUAUUAGAUCAAAUUAUAAUUCAUAACCUACGAAAGAAACAAGAAUCGAAUUAUAAUGUCUGGUAAUACCAGGAUUUACUGUAGGCUUACA